AUGUCUGCCCGUCUCUCCGGCCGCCAAUCCCCACCCCCCGAGGCCCAAACGGGCGCUCAAGAGAACUCCCCUCCCGGCUCCGGCCGCACAGACGCCAAGUUCGCCCCGCCACCAGAGUACGCGCCCAAGGCGGCGGAGGCCCACAAGGGUAAAGAUGACGACGAGCGGAUGAGCGGGACGGCUGGGCUGACGAGUAACCCGGUUCAUCCGCUUGAGGAGAUUGAGGCGGCGAAGUAUAAGAAGGGGACUUGUAACUAG